AUGGUCACCACGGUUAAGAAGCAGCCGAACGACGGAGUCAUUUGGCACAACCCGCUGCUUUCGGGGCCAUCAAUGGAGCAGACUCGGGUCCGAGGUCCACGUGUUGAUCGAGAUGAUGUCAGGACACUUUUCUCUGAAGACGUCGGGGUCGGCAAGGAACUCGCACACUGGCAGACUGAGUGCAGGGACUCCGUUAGGCGGUUCUUGGUUGGGGGAGAAAAAACACGAGUCGAGGCGUCGCUUCAACUCAACCCUGCGUACAUGUACUUGGCCAACACUUGGGCAGAACGAUCAAAGCUGACUGCAUCUCCGGCCCCGUGGUGCGAGUCUCGGCCUCGCCUGUGGUAG